AUGACUGGUCUCAUGUGGUUUGGGACACAACAUUACCAAUCAUUGACUAAAACACGGCAUGCGUGCGACCAAGGUGAUGGCCUGGCUGGCUAUACAUGGACAGAGCAAGACCUGCGCGAAGGAGGAGUUCAAGUAUUAAAAGAUCCCUACAAUAAUCUCGAGCUAACUACAGAGUGGCUGAAAGUUCCGGGUGGUAGUCAUGGAGGGAGUUGGGCUGCGCGAAUCAAAGGCAAACCGUUGGACUCCACAAAAAUAUCCAGAAAUUCACUCAUAUUUUAUGCUGGCCUGGAAGGAUUGGGCGGGAUUGACCUAGAAAACGAAGAGCAAGAAAACGGUUACGAGGGUACUAUUAAUCUUGUUGGUAUAACUCCCGAACUAGGAGAUUUUUCCAUUAGGAUCGUUGACGGACCCGAUAAUGUCUACAUAACCGAAGGAGCACAUGCAGAAGCGUUUGCACGCACAGCAGGCAAGACUCACGUUGUCGGGGCAGUGGCGCCACCUGGGCAGGUUUGGCAGGCGAAAGACAUCUUAUUGAAGAAUAUUAUUGAUCAUGCCACCACAAUUAUCAAACCAUUCAACGAGGAUAAGCAAAACCCGCCUGACCCAGCGUUUGUACUAAAUCUUGAGGACGAGGUGCUCUCGGGGUCCAACCUAUAUGCGGUACAAAAAACCUUCAACGGGGCCUUUUCUUUUGAUAUCUACUACCAGUCCGGUAGCUCUGGUACCAAACUUGACGAAUCCGUUGUCACCGCCGGCAUUGACGCAUUCAAGGCCAAGUUUACCGAAAGAUUUGACUUGACUAUCCCAGUUCCCGAAAAGUACAAGUCGUUUGCGAAAGAUAUUACUUCGAACCUGAUGGGAGGCAUCGGAUACUUUUAUGGAACGUCACUUGUUGACCGAAGCGGGAAUCUCGACGACGAUGACGAAGAUGAGAGCUUCAUGAGCGAGGCUGAGCGUAGGGAGCGUGGGCGUCCCGAGCUGGCUCCGCCUACUCAGCUAUUGACGGCUACUCCUAGCAGAAGCUUCUUCCCAAGAGGAUUCUAUUGGGAUGAAGGAUUCCAUUUGCAACACAUCGGUACUUGGGAUAAUGAUCUAAGUCUUGAGAUCCUUAAGAGCUGGGUUGAGCUUAUUGACGAGGAUGGAUGGGUUGGCCGCGAGCAAAUCUUGGGUGAGGAAGCACGGAGCAAGGUGCCUGCUGAAUUCCAAACCCAAUACCCGAACUACGCGAAUCCGCCAACGCUCACCAUGGCAUUAACGGCAUUCAUCUCCCGAUUGGAAGAUAAUGCUGAACCUUCGUUAGCUGACCUUGGGAUGGACCAGCUCCCUAUUGAUACCACGUCGACCACUCCCAACCAAUCUUCAAAACUGUUAUCCCCUCCUGCUGCUCGUGCAUACCUCAACGAUAUAUAUCCCGCUUUACGACGCCACUACCAUUGGUUCAGACGUACUCAGCGUGGUCAAAUUCGUCAAUGGGGACGCAAGGCUACCGCUCGUGGAGAGGCGUAUCGCUGGCGUGGACGUAGCGCGGAGCAUGUGCUAACAAGUGGGCUCGACGACUAUCCCAGACCGGUGCCCCCACAUGUUGGAGAGCUCCAUGUAGACUUGAUGAGUUGGAUGGGGUACUUUUCUAAUAUGAUGAGGAGGAUCGCCGAGUUCAUUGGUGAGAACGAGGAUGCUUCCGAAUAUGGGAUUAUCGAGCAGGGUAUCAAGGCCAACCUCGAUGAUUUACACUGGAGUAAGGAAGAGAAGAUGUACUGCGACGUAACAGUCAACGAUGAAGACGACUCAGAGCAUGUCUGCCACGCCGGCUACGUUUCACUUUUUCCAUUCCUUCUGGGUAUUCUCGACUCUUCCUCUUCACACCUCGAACCAUCCUCGAUCUCAUUCACGAUCCUAAACGCCUUUGGUCGCCGGAGAGAACUACUGGCGCGGUCCAGUCUGGAUUCAGAUGAACUACUUGGCUCUGAGCGCACUACACCAGAAGUAUGCCAAGGAUCCGGGUCUUACCAAGCCAAGGCCAAGCUGAUCUACGAUGAACUGAGAGAGAACGUUGUCUCGAACGUAUUCAAGGAGUAUGAACGCACGGGAUAUGUCUGGGAGCAGUACGAUCCUCUCAGCGGUGAAGGAAAGCGAAGCCAUCCAUUUACUGGCUGGACUUCGCUUGUCGCGCUCAUUCUCGCCGAAAAAUACUAG